UAGCUGGAUAGACCGCUUUCUCUUUCAUCCCUUGAUUUACAAGUCAUAGAGGCCGAGUCAUCCGGUUUGCUUGAGUCUAAGGCUUAUUUUACGGAUUCCACAACUCACUGCUACUGGUUUGCAGUAUCUCGGCAGUCGAAGCAGCCACAAUGCUUGCUACAACGUCCCCUUUUCUCGUGAGUCUGUAUGCUGCUGAGAUUUUCAUCUGUGGUGUGCUGCUCUACGUCAUUUAUCAGUGCUUUUUCUCGCCGCUGGCGAAAUACCCUGGGCCGUUCUGGGCUAAACUAACCAAGCUAUAUCGGGCCUCUCUUUCGCUCCGAGGACAUGGGCACCGGGACUUUAUUGCGUUGCACAAAAGAUACGGCAAUCUUGUCAGAGUCGCCCCGAAUGAACUGAGCAUCGCAGACCCGGAAGCCUUCCGAGAGAUAUACAAGGCUGGGAAUAAUUUCCACAAAGCCGCGGCCUAUAACGUCGUGCAAGGCACUCGUUCAUUUGAUCUCGUUGGCCAGCGCAAUGAGAAGAUCCACUCUGAACAGCGGAAGCUUGUAGCUCGAGCUUAUUCCAUGCACUCCAUGGUUCUUCUCGAACCCAAAGUUGAUAUUGUGAUCUCGCAAAUGGUUGAUCAGCUCGACAAGAUUGAUGGCGAGACUAUUGAUCUGGGAUUUUGGCUGCAGCUUUAUGCCUUUGAUAUCAUCGGUGCCAUAAGCUUCUCAAAACCAUUUGGGUAUAUCGAAGCCGCAAACGAUCACGGUCUAUUCCUGAGAAUCCAAAACUCCAUGUCGUCCCUAGCAUGGCUAAUGCAUGCCGGGUGGAUCUUCCGACUGCACCAGAAACUGAGUCCGGUUAUUGGAAACUGGCUCGCUGGAGCGGAUCGCAAUGGUCAUUUCUUCAGACUUGCGGUACAGGAGAUUAGUGCCAGGAAGGAACGUGGCGGCGACAGCAAGGAUAUCCUGGGUCAGCUUUUUACAACCCAAAAGACAAAGUCCCAAUUGACUGACCAGGACAUUGCAUUCAUGAUGACAUCGAAUGUUUUUGGCGGAUCAGACACCACGGCAACAUCACUCUGUGCAGCGUUUCUACUGCUCUUGAGGAACCCAGAUGCCUACGAGCGCCUGAUGGAUGAGUUCAAGCAGAAAAAGGCACAGGGGAAACUAAGUGAUCCCAUCACUUUUGAAGAAGCAGAGUCUUGUGAGUACCUCCAGGCCGUGAUGUACGAGUCGAUGCGCCUACACCCGCCUUUUGGGAUGAUCAUGGAUCGAGAUGUGCCGGCUGGGGGAAUGCGUAUCGGCAAGGAUUACAUUCCAGAGGGAACGGUCGUUGGGACUAUUCCAUGGGUUAUCCAUACGCUACCUGAGAUUUGGGGCCCUGAUGCCGAAGAGUUUCGUCCAGAGAGAUGGCUAGAUCAGGAGCGUCAGAGUUAUUACAAGCGAUUCUUCUUCAACUUUGGAGGUGGGUCUCGAACUUGUCUCGGAAAGAACAUUAGCUGGCUCGAGAUGACCAAGCUCAUUCCAACUCUGCUCAUGCGGUACGAUUUCAAGCCCGUAGAGGGAAUGAAGGUGGUUGAGAACUGCGGUGCGCUUGUACUCCUCGAAGGAGUCGAGGUUCAAGUAACGAAACGAGCGACCUAG